GAAUAAAAUUCACUCAAUUCUUUUUGUUUAUAUUUAUUACCAUGACAACUGUUUUGAAUUUGUUAGGUGGAAGAUAUUUACAAAUAAAUUUGUGAAAAAAAUUAGAAAUAAUUUCAAAUCAGAAGUUCAACAAUAGAAUUUCUUUGGAUAAAAUGGUUUCUUGUGUUAAAGAAAAACAGAUGUCUACUUUAAUUCCAGGUGCAGAUAGAUGGAAAUAUAUUCAACAGCCAAUUUUAUCGAGACGUUCUUAUGAUAUUGGUGAGUUAGGUUCACUUACACUUCCUAUAAAGCUUUCAAGUACACUAGAUUACACAUUAUAUGGACCACAGUCACAAGCUACUCAAACUAAAUUUCGGGAUGAUGAAACUCAAACAGAACCGUGGAAUCCACCUUACUUUGUUCAUCCAACAAGUAUUGAUCCUGAAGUUUUAAUGAUUAAAAAUUUAAAACAUGGUGAUGGCUUACCUGCUGGCCAGUUAGAAAUUGAUAUGAUUGACAGGCUACGUAAAAGAAAAGCUGAAGAAGAAUUAUUAUUAUGUUUAGAGAAGCAAAAUAGAAAAUUGGCUUUAGAAAAACGUUUCAAAUUGAUUGAAAGGCAAGAAAGAGAAGAUUGGCUUAUUCGAGAAAAGGAAAUUGAAUUAUUACAACAAAAUGACAUUGAAAAAUUUGAAAAAGCAUUAAAUAAAUGUGAGAGUAGCCAAGGACGCAGGAUCAAUCUACGCCACUUAUGGGCACUAGUCGGUAAGACUAGUUCUCUAGGAUGCAGAUCACUAGAUCUGAUCUCAAAUAUUUCNGGAAUGAAAAAAUUUGAGACAUGGUUAGAUGAAAAAGGAAUCAGAUUAGUAGAAAUAAAAUUACCUGAAGAAAAGAAAACUACUGCUCAUAUCAAAUUUGAGAAACUGUUAAAUGAAUUAUGUAAUGAGAUUUCACAAAGCCAUAUAAAACGUACGCAUUCGAAAAAGUUAGGCAUACAAGAAGAACCUACAUUUUCUAUGGAUCAGCCAACUGUAUUAUCAGAUGUUACAGAACAACAUCAUGCAACUAUAAUUAUGCAAAAAGCUCUGCGUGGAAGAUCAUCUCAAAGAAAGAUGCUAUUAGAAAAAGAAAGAUAUAAAGAUCUCAUAGAGGAAUACCAUGGCUUGCAUGCCAUAUCUAUAGAAGAGAAGGAAGCAAUAGACAAAAAGUUAGAAGUACGAAAUAAAUUAAUUAUAGAUAAAGAAUAUAGAAAUAAGAAGGAACAGAUUAUGAAUGAAAUUAUUGAUGAAUGGGAAGGAAAUGUUGUUUCUUCUAUGUUGGGUCUGUUAAGUAAAGAGCAUCAACGGUUACAACAAGAAGAAUUUGUUUGUCUCAUUGCUGCUUGUGCCAAACAACAGAGAGAAUUAAGAGAGGCCGAAGAAAUGUGGAGAAGGCAUACUGAAACACAAUUUCGUGAAUUGGAAGACCAAAUUGUUAGAGAUGUACAAAUGGUAGAAGAAGAAGCUAUGGAAAGAUAUCGAAAUUAUGUUCUUGCUGAUACAAUUACCACAUUAGCAGAUGAAGAAGCAAGAAUAGAAUUAAAAUUAAUGACUGAUAUAGCUUGUUUGGCACAUUUGAAACCAGUUGCUGACUGUUUGAAUGACAGUAUUGUAUUAGCAGCUAAUGAUGUAGCAGUAGACAAUCUUGGAAAUAUAAACGAAUUUAGUGAAAAUGUAACAAAUAUACAUAAAGAAGUAACAGAUAAAUGUAUGAACUUUAUUUUGUCAGAAAAUUUUAUAUCCAGCUUGGCAGAUUACAAAGUACGAAGAGAAAUGAUACCAUUAGAACAGAGAAGGAGAUAUCCAAAUGAUGAUGGAGAAAUUGAUUUUCUUAUACAAAAAGAGCAAGACUUUGGUGUCUCUGAAAUGAAGACUACAGAAAAAGGAAAAUCUUCAUCUCCAGACAAAGAUCAAGCUAUAGAUACAGAAGUGGCUGUUUCAGAAUCUCUUAUGUUAGAAGAGGAAAUUUGUUCAUUUGAUUUAAAUGGUGAAGAAUCAGAUUGGAUUACAGAAGAAAAGUGAUAAGACAUAAAAAAUGUAAAAAUUAUUUGUAUUGAACAAAAAAUAAAUAUAAUAAUUGAAAAUUUUAAAUGUUUAAUAAAUUUUUCAAAAACUGUAAUUAUUCUGAUUGAAAAUAAAA